AUGGCCGACCCUCCUUCGACUCUAGACCCAAAUAUAUCUUAUUCUGUAAGUACGUCCCGGUACGGUAGUGUAAUAUGUUAUAACCAAACGGUUGCGAUCCUAGACGGAGAUCAUAAUGGAUGGGAGACCGCAGCCUCGCUUAAAACGGCGUUUCCUUACUUUGCAAUGCAACUAUUCUUCUCUAAUUUUUGCUACCGCAUAAUCUAUUCCUUGACUCGGCCGCUACAUCUUCCUCCUUUCGCCGCUCAGAUCCUUUGCGGAUUACUGUUCAGCCCGACUUUGCUUGGUAGAGACAGUCGUCCCCUCAAAAAAUUCUCUCCUUAUAGAUACACAAUGGUUCUGGAGACAUUCGCAAACUUAGCUCUUGUCUACAACAUUUUCCUCCUCGGUCUCGGUAUGGACUUGAGGAUGAUAAAAAUCAAGCAAGUCAAGCCAAUGGUCAUAGCCAUCGUUGGCCUCGUUGUGGCUUUGUUGGUCGGUUCUUGCUUGUAUUACUAUCCCGGUAACGGAGACCCCGACAUAAUUCUCGCAGGUUGUCUCUACUGGUCGGUUGCGUUGAGUUGUACGAAUUUCCCGGACCUUGCGAGGAUUCUUGCGGAUCUCAAGCUCUUGCGUUCUGAUAUGGGACACACGGCCAUGAGUGCAUCCAUUAUUACGGAUUUGUGUACUUGGGUUCUCCUUGUUCUCGGAAACGCAUGUUUUACCAGAGGUACAUGGAACGAUACGAUGCCAUUCGCGUUAGUAUCAACCAUAGCUUUUGUCUUUUUCUGCAUCUACGUGAUCCAUCCUGGAAUCGCUUGGGCCUUCGCCAACACGGUCAAAGGAGGCCACGUUGGAGAGACUCACGUUUGGUUCACUCUCGUAGGUGUCAUUUUCUGCGGUUUAAUCACCGACGCAUGUGGGGUCCACUCGGUAACCGGAGCUUUCCUGUUCGGUCUCUCGAUCCCUCACGACCACAUCAUUCGAAACAUGAUCGAAGAGAAGCUCCACUAUUUCCUCUCGGGCAUUUUGAUGCCUCUUUUCUACGUCACAUGCGGGUUUAAACUCGAUCUUGACUACUUGUUACACAACACGACCCUUAAAGUGAUGGCGAUUGUGAUUUCUUCUUGCUUUAUGGUGAAGAUUGUGUCUACCGUUAUUUGCUCCCUCUUCUUGCGCAUGCCCUUGCGCGAUGGUUUUGCUGUUGGUGCCCUUAUGAACACCAAAGGAACUAUGGCUUUAGUCAUACUCAAUGCUGGACGUGACAGCAAGGCGUUGGACGUAACACUCUACACUCAUAUGACGUUUGCGUUCCUGGUGAUGUCAAUAGUAGUGCAGCCACUUUUAACCUUUACUUACACACCAAAGAAGAAGCUGAUUGAUUAUAAACACCGUAACGUUCAAAACCUCAAAGGAGAAGUAGAGUUUCGAGUGUUAACAUGUGUUCAUGCCCUCAUUAACGUUCCUGGCAUAACCAAUCUAUUACAUGUUUCUAACCCGACCAAGGAAUCUCCUCUCGACAUAUAUGCAAUCCAUUUAGUUGAGCUAACCGGUUGCACCACGGCUUCGUUGCUCAUAAUGAACGACGAGACCAAACCUAAAGUUAAAUUUUCGGACCGAGUCAGAGCGGAAUCUGAACAGAUCGCUGAGACGUUCGAAGGCAUGGAAGUGAACAACGACAUAGUGUCGGUUCAGACCCUCACAGUGGUUUCACCUUACGCGACGAUGCAUGAGGAUAUUUGUACGUUGGCCGAGGAUAAACGAGCCAGCCUCAUCUUAUUGCCUUACCAUAAGAGUUUGACGCCUGACGGUCGGUUAGGUGAAGGAAACUAUGCCCACGCGGAAGUCAACCAAAACGUUUUGAGAAACGCGCCGUGUUCUGUUGGAAUAUUGGUCGACCGUGGCAUGACGACUGUUCGGUCUGAAUCUCCUUCGUUCCAAGGCAAGACCACAAAGAAGGAAAUUGUAAUGUUAUUCGUUGGAGGUCGGGACGAUAGAGAGGCUUUGGCUUAUGCUUGGAGGAUGGUGGGACAAGAAAUGAUCAAACUAACGGUUAUGAGAUUUGUCCCUGAUCGGGAAGCUUUAGUUUCGGCCGGAAAAUUACCCGUUGAGUACGAGAAGGAGGCACAAGUCGAUGAAGAGUACAUAUACGAGUUUAACUUCAAAACUAUGGAUGAUUCUUCAGUGACUUAUACAGAGAAAGUGGUUCACGAUGGUCCAGAAACGAUCAAGGCGAUUAGAGAAAUGGAAGAUAACCAUUCUUUCGAUCUUUACAUAGUGGGAAGAGGGGACAAAGUAGAAACACCUGUGACUGCGGGUUUGGCAGAUUGGAAUACUAGUCCGGACUUGGGUACUAUAGGCGAUACAUUAGCUUCAGCAAGCUUCACAAUGCAUGCUUCCGUUCUUGUGAUUCAACAAUACUCAGCCGCCAAUAGACAAACCUCAGAAAAGCAUCAAGAAGACGUUAAAGGUGAAGAGAAAACCACUAAUGAAGCGAAAGUGAAUUCUCAUGAGGACGAGGAGGAGGAGGAGGAGGAGGAUGAUGAUGAUGAUGAUGAUGAUGAUAAUGGGGAUGAUGAUGAUGAUGAUGAUAAACAGUAUGAAAUGGGAAUGCGCACAUGA